UUUCAAUUUAUUAAUUAUUUUAUUAAUUUUAUUGACAAUUGACAAAAAAAGUGAGUUGAUAAUCAAACAUUCAAUCAACAAUGGAUAACAAACUGGACGACGACAACAGUCUCAAACCUACCGAUGCCGAUAACCGAGACAAUCAUCGCGGAUGUCAUCGCUGGUUUCACGAUCAUCACCAUCAUUGGGACAGACACCACUGGUACGGUGGCCAUCACGGACACCACGGACAACAAUGGUUUUAUGGACCUACAGUUUAUGUACUACCAUCACACGAAGAUCCCCGAUUUCAUAAACACUGCAGGUGGUCGUCUCAGCGAUACGGCUAUCCCGGACAACCAAUGUUUGGUCCGAUGAAACCGACCUAUAUASUAGCCGGCGAACAAUGGCCAAUGGACAACAGUGGCCGUCAUCAUGGUUGUCAUUCCCGGUUUUACGGCGGACAUCAUAACCGAAAUCAUGGCCGCGAAUGGGGAUUCGGGUUUAAUGAUAUGCCAUAACUUAUUGAUUUUAUUAAAAAUCUAAUUAUGAGUUUUUUACUAUUACUU